AUGUCUCUAUUCGCCAAAACAACAUUUUCUGCUGCAGGGUAUGCAGCAGCUCGGCCAUCUUACCCUGCGAGCCUGUUCAAGACAGUUCUCGCAUAUCACAAUGCAAACUCUGUCAAGGGAUCCUUGCUGGAUAUUGGAUGCGGUCAUGGAUUGAUUGCGAGAGAGCUGAGCCCUCACUUUAGCAAAGUGGUUGGUAUUGAUACCAGCCCAGGCAUGGUGAAGCAAGCUGCUUCCAUGACAAAGGAUGCCAACAUCACAUUUCGACAGGCCGGUGCCGAAGACUUGUCAUUCUUGCCAGAUCAAUCUAUUGAUAUGGUAGUGGCGGGACAGUCAGCUCACUGGUUCGACUACAACAAGGCAUGGCCAGAAUUAUCUCGGGUGGUGAAACCCGGUGGCUCGCUUGCUUUCUGGGGAUACAAGGACAACGUCCUCAUUGGGCAUGUGAAAGCCAACGAGAUAUUUGAUAGAUACUGCUAUGCCGAUGGGGAUGUCGAACCAGGCAUCGAGGGGAUGAAUGCAUAUUGGGAGCAGCCAGGACGCAACAAGGUUCGGAAUUUGCUGCGAGAGGUUGCCCCUCCGGCCAAGGAGUGGGAGGAUGUUCGACGAGAUCUCUACGAUAUUUCGGCCGAUUGCCCCAAAACUCCGGACGUUGAAACGGCCUGGAUGCAAAAGAGAAUCAAUCUUGGUCAAUUUGAAGCGUAUGUUCGAACAUUCAGUGCGGUCCAGGGCUGGCGUGAUGCCCACCCGGAGUUGAAGAGUCGGGCAGAAGGAGGCCAAGGGGAUCUUCUAGAUAUUAUGAUGGAGCGUAUUGUGGAAUCAGAGCCGCAGUGGAAGGGGCUUGGCGAUAAUUGGAGAGAUGCAGAGGUCGAUACAGUUUGGGGUACAUAUAUCCUCAUGGCGAAGAGACGGUGA